AUGGCUCGUGAUGCUGCGAUGGCAUACGCGUAUCAUCUGUACGAGUCAUCGACCCAGCCACCAGCAGCCGGGCUCACCCAUACACCAAUGUCCAUGCCCAUCACGUCAGUCGCUGUCUCGACAGAAAACGUAUACAAGUUCCAACUGCUCCCACUUCUCACGACGUUGCGCUCGCUCCAUCCUCGCCACCUGCCUAUUCUGCUAUUACUCGCCUGCACAUAUCAUGCGUUGGGCGAUUACCAAGCUAGUUUGAAGCUCAGCCAUGACAUGCUGGCCAUCGACAACACCUACGUUGAGGCGAUGUCGAACAUCGGCACAACAUACAAAGCAAUGGGUCAAGACGAUAAGGCUUUUGAGUGGUGGCUGAAGGCCCUCAGAAUCAAGCCGACCUAUUGGGAUGCUAUAGACAACGUACUCGGCAGGCUGUUCUCUGCCACCCAGAACGUGCUAGAUAAUCAACGCCGCUUCACGACGUACCUGCAGGCGAUAAGAAUGUGCGAACACAUCCAGCGGGAGGUUGUGGACCCAGAUGGACGGCUUCGCACGCCUGUCCCCACGCACGAGCUGCAUCGACUGCAAAGGCUUUUCUUUAUCGCCGGGACCCUACGCACCUUGAUCCGGCCGGAUGGCGUCGAAGAUGCCAUUAUAGACUACUUCAAGGCUGUCGAGCUGGUCAUCCGCCCGCCUCUGCCGUAUCCCGAUGACGAGUGUUAUACCAUGCUUGAUCUUGUCCUUGCAGUCUGCGUCGCUGGCUAUAUGCUGUCCGCUGUCUCGAAUGGACAUAUACCCACGGAGAUCGCGGAGAGCAUGAACAUUACGGUGCAACACAUGAGCGAGCACCACUUUCCAAUCCUCCGCUAUGUGCAUGCUUCCUCGCACAGGCUUCUCAAUGCGCUUCUGCGCCUGGGGGGAGGCAUUUUACCUACGGUCCUUCUUCUCCCCGAGCAAAUAAUGCAUCUGCCGAUGGUGCUAUUUCCUUACUCCGGCGGUGUCCUUCCUUCGAUGUGUACCCGGGAUCCCGACAGCGGGAAUUGGAACGCGUCAUCGGAAGACGCACGUCAGAAGACAAACCUGAUGACAAGCACAGUACUGCUCACUCUGGCGAAAAGGUUGCAGGACGAUUCGUCUGCGAACAGGCCUCUUCCGAUCGAUAAUGGCAGCGUCAGCGUCAGCACAUCACUCGUGAUUCUGCUAUAUUAUCUUGCUCUGUCGCUAUCCUCAUCGCCGUCGACGUACAACAACAUUGGGAUAUUGUUGUGCUCGCUGUCGUCUGCAAGGACGGUACGCGACCUGCAAGGUCAGAGACAUGUGGUAGACGGGCCUGUACUUGCGAAACUUUACUAUCAAGUCGGCCUGCAGCUCGAUCCAGGUCAUCCUCACCUUCUCACCAAUAUGGGUUCCCUCUUGAAGGAUCAAGGGCAUGUCAAUGAGGCUAUCGAGUUUUACAUGAAAGCGAUACAGCAUAAAUCGGACUUCGACAUCGCCUGGGCCAACUUGGCCAAUGCAAUCAAAGACAUGGGCCGCCCGUGGGACGCGAUCGACUACUACCGCCGCGCCGUCAGUCUGAAUUCGAACCUCCCGGAAGCGAUAUGUGGCCUGGUGAACUCUCUCUGCUCCGUGUGCGACUGGCGGGGACGGGGGACCGUACCGCAAGGGAUUGGCGUUGACGACAGUGGGGGUGUUAUCCCGCCUAGCAGCGAAGGACGUGCCGGCUGGAUCACGAAAAUGGUCGAGAUUUGCGAACAGCAGAUCGAUGCCGGAUACAUGCAGAAUGUUGGCGUCAUCAGGAAAUCGGCCACGGUAGAUGAGUGGCUGCAAGUCGUCGAGACGGCGCGAGGCCGUUCGCUCCGCGAGGACGAGAAGGCGCGAUGGCGGAAAUGUCUGGGUCGCUAUUAUGGCGACGAGAAUCGUCUUCUGGGAGGCAUCAACGAAACGGGCUUCAUCAUUCGUUUCAUCGACUGGGUGCAACCACGACUCCAGCGUCAGUGGUACCUGAAGGCGUACGGCAGGACUGUUUCGUCGGACCAGCCCAUGCUUGGCAACUCAUCAGAUCUCGCUGGUUUCUUUUUGCGACCGAUCCUCCCGGCAAACUUGAGUAGCCCUCUUGUGCCGUCGGUCCUCCCUUUCCAUACUUUUACGUAUCCGCUGUCUCCGAGGAUGACUCGUCUCAUCACGCAUCGGAACGCUCUUCGCAUAUCGUAUAUGGCGCUCUCGCAAACAUGGCUCCCCAAGCAUGUCUUUCGUCCCCCGCCGCCUCCGCUUCACGGGAAGCUGAACAUCGGCUAUGUCUCAAAUGAUGUCAAUGACCAUCCUCUGUCCCACUUGAUGCAAUCUGUCUUUGGUUUUCAUGAUCGAGACAAGUUCAACGUUUUCCUCUAUACCACGAGCCCAUGGGAUGGCAGUGACUAUCGUCCGCGAAUUGCGCAGCAAGUCGAGAACUUUAUUGACGUGUCUACAUGGCCUGCGAACGCCGUUGUCGAGCAUAUCCUCCGGCAGGACAUUCACAUCCUCAUCAAUCUGGGUGGCUACACAAAGGGUGCAAGGAAUGAUAUUUUUGCGGUUCGUCCCUGUCCAGUGCAAAUUCAACUGAUGGGAUAUGCCGGGACAUUGUCGGCUGGCUGGUGCGAUUAUCUGGUUGGCUGCGAAACCUCGUGCCCUCCUGAGAUGAGUGCCACGGAACUAUGGCGCAAGUCUCGCGGUGACAGUCGAGAUGAGGACUAUCUCACCUUUGAUCUUGACGCCGAUGCGGACCCGGAAUCAGGCUCAAACGAUUGGGUUUACACGGAGAAACUCAUGAACGUUCCUCACUCCUUUAUGGUCACCGAUCACAAACAAUCCUAUCGAGAAGACGAAUGUUUAACGCCGGAGGAACGGGAGCGUAUUCCUGUUGAACAAUUGUGGCUGGACGAAGAGAAGAGGCGGGCGGAGAUGAGGCGAGGAAUAUUUCCUGAUUUGCCUCAAGAAUUUGUGAUAUUUGCAAACUUCAGUCAGGUGAGAUUGCCGAUGCAGGGUAUAUUUGCAACUUGGUUGGAGAUCCUUGUGAGGGUUCCUCAUAGCGUUUUAUGGCUGCUGCGAUUCCCCAUAGCCGGCGAAGAACACCUUCUGCGCACGGCAAGGACUUGGGCAGGAGAAAAGGUUGCUUCACGCAUUCGUUUCACUGAUGUGGCGAGGAAAAAGGAGCACGUGUAUCGUUGCCGUGUAGCUGACCUCUUUCUGGACACCGUUGAGUGCAAUGCUCAUACGGUAGCUGCUGAUGUGCUGUGGACAGGCACGCCUAUCCUGACAUACCCAAAGCACCCCCACAAGAUGUGCUCUCGCGUAGCCGCUAGCAUGGCAAGAGCGACACAGUUCGAGAGGUUGAUGGUGGUGAACUCCAUCGACGAUUACAAAGAGCGCGCCAUCCAGCUUGCGGAAAGUGUCCGCUACGUACUGAUGCUGGAUGCCUCUGGGACGGUUGUGCCACGAGGCCGGGGAACGCUGAUGAGCCUUCGUCGCAAUAUCUUCCUCAACAGGGACAGAAUGCCUCUAUUCGAUACGAUGCGCUGGACAAGAAACUUGGAGAAGGGUCUUCGCGAAGCGUGGAGACGCUGGGUAGAGGGUACGCAGUAUGAGAUGACCGACGAAUGGGAGGCGUGUCAAGGUCCAGAGAAGGAGAGCGGAUGUAUCUGCAUAUCGGAUGAUGAUCCUGUCAACGUGGUCGUAUAUAACUGA